AUGAGCCUAAGUCCGAGUGGCAGCGGUGGCAACCCGCCAAGCUACGCCGGCCACGCCGGUCAUGCCGGUCAUGCUGCUCAUCCGGGCCACCCGAGCCUUGCCAACUACGCCAGUCACAGUGUCCACCCUAACCAUGGCGUCCCUGUCCUCCACGCCGAUGUGUACCGCCCCCCCGUGGAGCCGUCCAGCAAACAAAAGGAAGAGCAAUUCAAAAGCAUAACCCACUUUGCAAAGUACCUCUUCUUCAUCGCCAAAAAAAUAGCCUACGAGGAUGUCCACGGGAUGGGAGGAGCGACCACCACUCACCACACUACAAAUGAAGAACUGAAAAAGGCUCUUGUGAAACACCUAAUAUACAAGCUCAACAAAAUUCUGUCCUCUCUAAUCAAUUUCAACGUCCUCCAGUACCAUGAAAACGUUAACAUAAAACAGGAGGUGGAGUACCUGUGUCUGAAACAGAGCAACAUGACUCUAAACAAAAUAAGAUUAAUGUUAAGCAAGUUGGAAAGCAGUGGGACAAACUACAGGUACGUCUUGUAUAUCCUGUUGAAGCUACACAGUUUUCAUGAGCAGCAUGGUGGCCAGCGCUCCGACCCAUUUGCUGCUUCCCCCCCAGGGGUAACCAACUCCGCAGUGGAAAAUGUCACGCGCAAUGUCAACCCCUCAGAGGGAGACAAGCACAGAUAUCCCCCCAAAAUGGGGCCUGCCAAUGUGGGCGCUACUCACGUGGACGCUACUCGCGUGGUAGCUACUCACGUGGGCGCUACCCACAUGGGUGUGAGUCAAAGAAAGGAAGAACCCUACAAAGAGGAACAAGGGUCCAAGUUGGUAAACACAAAUGGGCUCAAGCCACAACCGCAAAAUGUGCAGGAGGGACGCGAGUUCAGACUGUCCAUUCAGGGACAACCUCCACGUGGUGACGCACUCCGCGACGCACGCAGCCACCCACGCGGCGACCCACUGUGUGAAAAAAACUUCAUCAACAAGAGCCUGUACGCAACCAUCAUUCUGAACAAUAAGUUUAACAACCUCGACGUGGAGGAAAGUUUGCUCAUAAAGGAUCUCAUAUACCCCCUCCAAGGAAUGAGUGGCCAGUAUAUAAAGUAUAACAAGAUGGACCGCUGCUUCUAUGUGUGCAACCGCAAGGUCAGCAUCGGCAUGCAUCACCUCAUCAACAACAUAAGUAGCUUAGGUUUACACUUCAAAAAAAUUAAAACUAUCGUUGGUAUUUCCACAUCAUCAGGGGAGGAUGCUCAUAGCGACACAGAGCACUGGGGGGAUGAUCUCUCGAGUGAAGAGGUGAGUCAUCACCCCCCCCCCGCGGAACGAAGACAUUCAAACGAAUCACGAAAAAAAGGCAGCUUAGUUGUUGACGCACUGCACCAAAUAGUGCGUGAGUAUGUGAACGAAUAUUACAAGCUACUGUCUCAUCUUGAAAGUGAUAUAAAUGAACACAUUCACAAAAACACACUCUACAUUGGAGUUAAAAAGCUCCACCUGCGUCUACAAGAAUCGUACAAGAUCAUGAGGGUCUUGGUGAACGUCGUGGAUGAGUCCCGCAGAAGCACUGGAUGCAACUUCCUCUCCUUCCUCUAUUCAAAAUCACAAACAUACGAUUACGAGGAGCAAAAAAUAUACAGAGCCAUACUUCAAAAAUGUUUAAAGCCAAUAAAUGCUAUCCUGAAGCAAUGGGUGGACAGCGGCACGUUGAAGGAUAAGUAUAAUGAAACGUUUAUUUGCACUAAUAAAAAUGUGCCAUCUGAAAAGAUAUGGUGUUACAAAUUUUGUCUCAACAAUAAUAAUAUUCCUCUGUUUUUGAAAGUCAGCACAGCCAAGCGCAUUCUCCUCGCGGGGAAAAGUGUGCACCUGGUGAACAGCUUUGGGGGGGAAGGAGGCACCCAGUUCGACCCUCCCCCCGGCAACACAAAGCCGCUCCCCCACACGCCGCUGCGAAAUAUGCCACCGCGCGGUGUGGCGAUGCAAAAUGAAGCGGCCCCGCCCCCAGGGGAGGCGGACGUGUUCUCCACGACUGACGUAAACGCGUAUGUGGAAAAUAUCCACCGGUACGUGAAGAAGCUGUGCGUGCGAAAGAACAAGCGCCUGAUCUCCAUGCUGGUAAACAAGUACGGACUGUAUGAUCACUUCAGAGCCUUCAGACACUUCCUCCUGCUCGUAGACGGAGACUUCUUCGAAUCCAUUGUUGAUAAUAUGAAAACUGAUCUGUACAUGGAUGCAGAAGAACUGAAACGACAUUACCUAAACAGCAAACUAGACCUCUGUAUAAAAUCUUCUUCUUUAUUUACCUCGAACCAAAGUAUUAUUAACAAAUUAGUACUUGACAGAUUCCACGUGAAAAGAGGAGACAUCGGAUGGGAUGUCCUCGUAUUUGAUUUUAUAGUGGACAAACCCUUAGACAUUAUUUUUACACACAAGGUUAAAAAUAUAUACAAAACUAUUAACGUCUUAUUAAUUAAAUUAAAAAAAAUACAUUACGAGUUAGCAAAUAUCUGGUACCUGUUUACUCAUUUAUUUAAAAUUAUGAAUGCCGUCUGUUACAACCACGUAUUUAUAUAUUGUAACAUCAUGAGGAAUGAAAUGUUUCAUUUUAUUCAAAACCUACUCUCCUACUUCUACUACGAUGUGAUUGAUAUGAACUGGAGGGAAUUUAAAAAUGUCGUUUUUAAUUGUAAUGACUUGGAUCGACUCAUACAUGAGCAUUACCAGUACAUAACUCAAAUUCAAGUUGAUUUAUUCCUUGGUAAUUCCGUUGAUGGGGCAGUUGAUGGAGCAGUUGAUCCUGCUGCUGCCGCCGCUGCUGCCCCUUCUCCCGCUCCCCCCUCUUCUUCUGCGUCUUCUUCAUCUGUUCAUUCAGAUGUAGACUCGACAUCAGAUGGCUACUUGAACAGCUCCGUAGACUCACCACCUCCUGGAGGUGCAACUGAUUUUGUGUAUGCUCCUUCACAUUUGCCUGAACCAUCUUCAAAAUUUCUUUCAUUUCAAAGAGGAAUUUCCCACCCAUCUAGCCAAAAAAAUCCGGAAGCCACUUAUUACAACCCAGAUGCAGUUCCAAAAACGGGUUCUACAAACAAUAGAACCCAUAAUAUAGACAGCGAAACACAUCUAUGUAUGUAUCGCAUACUAGACAUCAUAACUCGCUUUAUCAAUCUCACCAGUGCACUCAUCUCCUCCGUCUGUGAAGGCUAUUCAGAAAUAAAACAACUUACAGAUGCAAAGAAGGAUGACAGUAACCCUAUUGACAACGACAUUGAAUACGUAAACAAUUUUAUUAACACAAAAAUAAUUGGAGAAAAAACCAUUAGGGAUCUUAAAAUCCUGCUCAAGUACUACAGAAAUUAUAUUUAUAAAUUUAUUUGCCUCCUCCUAAGCGAUAGCAAGUCCACCUGCACACACUCCCGCAUCUCUAAGCGGGACAAACUCAACUCACACCGCCUCCUCGCCGCGCGACUAGACUUCAACCUGUACUACGUUAACAUUUCGAGGCUCAUGGACGGCGCCACACCCAAGCUUAACAUUUCCAAUCAGAUUAAAAUGAUCAAGCGGGGCCAGCCGCAAAACCAGGCCAGCCACCCAACCUGA